AACAGCUCCACGAAUUAUCGAAGCAAUACAAAACUUCCCCGAACCAAAAUUAAACGAAGAAGAAGUAAAGCUAAAAGACAUACAAAGCUUCUUAGGAGUUUGUAAUUUUUAUCGGAAAUUUAUCGAUAACUAUAAAGAUUUAAUAGCUCCGAUAAAUAAAUUACUAGCGGAAAAAAUCAAGACGCGAAUAUCCGCUCCUAAGAAAAGCAGAAGGAAAUGGAUCAUAAUGGAAGAGAAAAAUUCGAGAAUUUGGACGGAAGAACAUCAUAUUGCCUUUCAAAAAAUUAAAGAAGUAUUCCAAAAGACCCGCGAAGAAGGUGGAAUACGAUUGGCAUAUCCAAUACCAGGCCGAAAAUUCAUAAUUCGAACAGAUGCUUCGAAAGAAGGAAUAGGCGCAGUAUUAGCACAAGUAUCGCCGGACGGUGGCGAAUUACCAAUUAUGUAUGCUCAUCGAGUAUACAAUGAAGCAGAAAAAUAUUAUCCGAUUACCGACCAAGAAGGAUUGGCGGUAAAAGAUGCAAUUAAAAAAUGGUUCCAUCCAUACAUAUGGG